ACACUUCAUUUAAACCUAGAUGAAGACAUCCAUCAGGGCUUCCAGUUGCUUCUCCAAAACCUGAACAAGCGAGACAAAAAGUACUGCCUUAGAAUGGCCAACAGGCUCUUUGCAGAUAAUACUUGUGAAUUACUUCCAACCUUUAAGGAGUCCUGUCUUAAAUCGUAUCACUCGAAGAUGAAACAGCUCUCCUUUGCUGAAGCUCCAGAGGAGUCCAGGAAACACAUAAACACAUGGGUCUCUAAAAAGACUAAAGGCAAAAUUCCAGAUAUAUUAUCAGAAGACUCACUUGGUGCAGAGACCAAGCUGAUUCUAGUCAAUGCCUUAUAUUUCAAAGGAAAGUGGUGUAACUUCUUUGACAAAGACUACACCAAGAAAAUGCCCUUUAAGAUAAACAAGAGUGAAACAAGGAAAGUGAAGAUGAUGUGGCAGGCAGACAAAUUUGACCUCGCCUAUGUGAAGGAAAUUCAGGCACAAGUGCUGGUGAUGCCCUACCAGGGCAUGGAGUUGAGUUUCAUGGUCCUGCUUCCGGAUGAGGGUGUGGACAUCAGCAAGGUGGAAAACAGUCUCACUUUUGAGAAGUUAACAGCCUGGACCAAACCAGAGUUUAUGAAUUACACUGAAGUUCAUGUUUAUCUUCCAAAAUUUCAACUGCGAGAGCAGUAUGAUAUGGAAACCCUGUUCCAACAUUUGGGAAUGGUGGAUGUCUUCAAUGCGAGCAAGGCUGACUUAUCAGGAAUGUCUACUGAGGAAGACCUGUGUCUGUCCAAGUGUCUUCACAAGUGUGUGGUAGAGGUCCACGAAAAGGGAACAGAGGCUGCAGCAACCGUGGCUUGCAAAGCUAUACCUGUGUGUUUAAGGAAUUAUACCCCACCAAGUUUCUGUGCUGACCACCCCUUCCUUUUCUUCAUCAAGCACAACAAAACCAACAGCAUCCUGUUCUGUGGCAGGUUCUCAUCGCCUUAA